AAAAAAAUAUGUAAACAAAACAGAGGUAAAAAUUGCACAAAAAUUGCAUUAAUACCCUAUUAUAUUAUUAAAUAAUCCAUUUAAAGUGCGUGAAUUAGACAAAUAAAGUGUUUUCACGUAAUAAUUCAAAGACCGUGCUACCUCUACGCAAUUACAUCAGCUGCGGCCAACGAAAAAUCCAUAGGAAUCCGCAGCAAACUGUUGACCCCGUCGACCCCACCGCCACGCCACGCCCCCGCCCCUUAAGAGUGGGCGCUGUGUGACAUACAUGCGCGUGUGUGUGCGGCGCAAUCAACGCCCCCAAUCCCAAACCCAAACAGACCCGAUUCGUCAUCGAUUUACGGCGGAGAACUAAAAGAAAUCCAAACAAUGCUACUCCACUGAAAAUUGGACAAAUUAAACAGACCCCCAAAGAAAUCUAUAAAAAGCGAGUAAUAACCUUGAGGCAGCAAUUGAUUUGUCGAACAAUGCGCCAUUCGUAGGGCUGGAAAUAGUCGAAGCUAAGAAAAAAUCCAGCACAAAGAGAAACUUUGGAAUCUUGAGCGUUCAGAAUGGAUGAUAAUCUGAGCACCAAGUCCUCGGAAUCCUCUAUUACUACCAGCGGGGAAUACGAAAUAGUCACCGACAGCAAUGUGGCGAGUCCCACGGAGCAAACAAAGAGGUCCCUAAACCAGGAUAAGAAAAAUGUCGAUGAGCUGAGCGCUGGGAAGCCACCCACUUCUUUGAGCGCACUGGUUCUGUCUUCGCCAGGGGGAGACCGUUCGCCCACUCUGGACAUGUCCCACAAUCGCAAUCUGAGCGACAUACAACACGAAAUGACGGAUGCCUUGAGGGAUUUGGAACUAGAACGCGGCGGCGGCGGCGUCGUAGGAGGCGAUAAGAGUUCGCAGCGCCUGCCUAGUCACCAGCAAAAGUCCCUGACCCUGCCACUGACGGGUGCCGGGGGUAGAUCUGCCGAUCCAGAGAUGCGUUUCCCCUGUACUAUGUUCUCGCCCAAGAGCGAGGAAGCUAUUGACGAUGCAUCCAGCUCGAAUAGAGUGGGUCAUUCCGUGUUUUAUGAUUGCAUAGAUGCGAGUCCGGCUUGCUUGGAGGAGAAGCAGGAUGCAAUGAAGCCAGAAAAAGGAGACACCACCGACGAAGAGGUUUCAGAAAUCGAUCAAGGAUGCACGAUCUUCUCGGGAGUGACCUAUCUGGGUGCCGCAAAUAUCAAUGCCCCCAAAUCCGAGACGGAUGUAUAUCGGAUUAUGAGCGAACUAAAUAGCGGCUCCAAAUCGGUUGGUCUAAAAAUUACAGUGAGCAUUCCCAAUUGCUCCGAUGGUCUGGUCGUACUGCACGACGCCGAGAGUAAUACGAUUAUUGCCACAUAUGAAAUAUCCAGCAUCAUAUUGUAUUAUCGUGGACCCGUGGACACAGUGGAGAAUGGUUGCUUCGCCUUCACGUGGUUGCAUGGGGAUGCACUGUUCCAGUGCCAUGUAUUCCGUUGCCAUAUUCCCGAGGCGGUUAAUCAAGUCAGCGCCUGCUUCCAGAAGGCAUUCCAAACGUAUCCGCCCAGCAUGAGUUGCAGUCUCAACUCCGCCGUAGAUAUGGCCAACUCAGUGACCUCAGAUGUAAGCGGAAAUCCAUUGAACACUGCUGGCUAUGAGUUUAUAGUAUCGUUGGAAAUACGAGAGAAGGUGGCCAAGAAUUCAUAUGCUGCCGUGCCAAGGGAUAGGGGUUGCUUCAAGCUCCGUGCAAACACGGACAAGGAAGUGUGCAUUACGGUCAAACAGACGCCCUCAAACAUACUCCAACCAUUGUACAUAGAACGAUGUUUUGGCGUUCUAGUGGCUCCAGGAAAACUGGUGGUUCAAAAGGACAUGCAUCUCAUAGAUAUGCACAGCAUGGGCUAUGUUUCUCCUGGGGGUUCCACUGAAUCGGAUAGCAACCAGCAGAAUUCUAACCUUCCGUAUGUCAUUCGAGCGGAGUGGAAAGCUCAGGAAAAGGCGUUCGAGCAGUUGAAUCUGGAAUCUUCUAAGACCAACCUCACUGUUGCCGUGGACAUUGUGAUGCGCCGCAUCCAGGAGCCUGUGCGAUUCGUCAUCGAAACCCCAGUGACUAUUCAGUCGGCCAGUGAGAUGCGUAUCAUGGACCAUUUCAUGUCCAAGCGUCCGAUGACUCUGCGAUUCUAUUUGCAUUUAAAGCGAAUCGAUGAGUCUAACUGGAAAGUAAACAGUAUCGACCCCUCUGAGGAGAUAACAGAGCAGCAGGGCAGCCAGCAAAGCUCGCUUGUAAAAAUGGGCAUGAGCCUGUCGCGUAUCGUACGCAGUUCGUCCAUAGCCUCCAUUGAGGAUGAUUGUCCCACGGACUACAGCAGCGAUGGGGAUGAGCCCCUGCUCAGUGGCACUGGCGAAGUGUCAAAGGAUUGCUCGCAGGAUACUUUGGACGAGUGGGAUCCGAUUUUACGAGAAUGGGAUGGGGAGAAGAGGCCCAAAAAUCUCGCUCCCCUAGUACGUUUGGGUGUCCCGGAGGCACUGCGUGAAAAAAUUUGGCAGAAGCUGGCCAACGUUGAGGGCAAGAUGGAGAUGAACGAUAAAUACAAGAUCCUGAUCACCAAAGAAACCAAAUGUGAGACAGUAAUUCAGCGAGACAUCCAUCGGACUUUCCCGGCGCACAAAUGCUUCAAGGAGACCGGAGGCUCUGGUCAAGAUGCUCUCUUCAAGGUGUCCAAAGCCUAUGCAGUCCACGAUAGCGAAGUCGGUUACUGUCAAGGUCUCAGCUUCAUUGCAGCCAGCCUGUUGCUUCAUAUGCCCGAGGAGGAUGCUUUCUGUGUCCUAGUGGCCCUCAUGUAUGAUUAUGGGCUGCGAGAUCUCUACAAGGCAGGUUUUGAGGUUCUCUACUUGCGUCUGUACCAGCUGGAGCGGCUGAUCAAGGAUCAGUUGCCAAAGCUGCACGAACACUUCACGGCCUGCGGUAUUGAGACGCACAUGUACGCCUCGCAGUGGUUUCUCACAUUGUACACCGCUCGCUUCCCGCUCUGCUUCGUUUUCCACGUUCUGGAUGUAUUCCUGCUGGACGGGUUGCCUGUCCUCUUUCAGGUGGCCGUGACCCUGCUGUCAAUCUGCGAAUCAGAUCUGCGGCAGCUUGAUUUUGAAGGUAUUCUCAAGUAUUUCCGAGUGACGCUGCCCAAGAAGUGCCGUAACUCAAGUCAGGCUCGUAAGGUAAUGAAACAAGCCUGCGAACGGAAGAUCAAGAAGCUGAAGCAGUACGAGGAGGAGUUUCUGCUGAAAAAGCAGCACAAGGAGCGACUGGAGAAGGAGGCGCAGAUCUACGAGAGUCGCUUUGGCGAGGAGCGGCGUAAGCUACAGAGCGAGAUUGACGCGCUAAACCAGCAGCUCACAGCGGCCAAGGAAAGGGCUGUUGAAAAGGAGAAGAAACACACAGGCAUCAUACAGGAAUACAAGCAAAUCAUUCAACGCCAGGAGCAGGACAUGAACACGCUCAGCGAGACGCUGAGUAAGGUGAUGAACACGGUUUCUAAAUGCCAGGACUGCCUGCAGCAGAUCGACGGCGUCAAUGACAACGCGAAAUCGGGCGACGGCCAGAGUAAGCGGCAAUCGGAUGCCAUGCGGAAUGCCAACGAGCCACCGCUGGGACCUUUGGAUCCACUCAACGCCGCAGCGCAGCGUAUCCGCGAACUGGAACUGGAGCUGGCCCAGGCAAAGCUCGCUCAAGUGGAGGCCGAGUGCAAGAACCAGGACCUAAACCAUCAGCUCAACAAUACGCUCAGCGAACUGCAGACCAACCGCAACAGCUGGCAGCCUUGGCUCUCGAAGACCCUCAACUCGCUGCAGGAGAAGGUGACCACGCGAGGUGGAAACCGGGAAACUGGGAGUGGGGGACCCACGCCCACGUUCCAAUCGUACAUGGGUCAGGCUCCCACGACAGUCAGCGAGGCCAGUUCGCCGAGCGGCAAUCAGGAGUACAAGACCUUUGCAUUUGCCUCGGUGGGAGGAUCACCGAAGCUGCCCAGUAAGUUUCAGGCCACCAAGCUGCGCAACAGCAUCGACAGCCUGCGGAAUAUAGUGGUGCCCCUGGAGACGGGCAAAUCGCUGGCCGAAAAUCUCAAGCAGCAGCUGCAGCAGUAGGCACGGGAUGCAGAUGUAGGGGUAGGUGAAUCUGGUUAGCAGGGAGACCUACUACAUUGACUACGCCUUGGUAUUAUUUAUACUAAUCGUCUAUCAUAUAUAUACAAACAAGUGCAUUUUGAUUUCCAUAUAUAUAUACGCGAGUAUUAGAUUUUUAUUAUUUUGCACUUUUGAGGCACCCGGCGCCAGGGCUGGUCAAAUUGUCCUCCCGGUCGGGAUUCAAAGGAUUGGAACAAUCUGGGUAUC